UCCCCUGUCUCUUCUUACAGCCCCUGUAAACUCUGACCACACUGAACAUGUGUCUGCCACUCCCUAGUCUGGGCCAUGACUGAGGGUGGAGGCCGAGUCUCACGCAUUUUUGCAGCCCCCACAAGACUGUGCAGGUGGCCGGCCCUCAUUGAAUGCGGGGUUAAUUUAACUCAGCCUCUGUGUGGGUGGAUGAUUCAGGUUGCCAGAGACAGAACCCUCAGCUUAGCAUGGGAGGGAGCUUCCCUGUUGACCCUGAGUUCAUCUGAGGUUGGCUUGGAAGGUGUGGGCACCAUUUGGCCCAGUUCUUACAGCUCUGAAGACAGCAGCAGGAAUGGGGCUGAGCAGGGAAGACAACUUUCCAUCGAAGGCCCCUUUCAGGGCCAGAAGUGUCCGUCCCACCCUGUGGCUGCCCUGCCUCUGCCCAUGAGGGGUGAGAGUCGGGCGACCUCAUGCCGAGUUAGAAAGGGGCAGGCAGACAGGGCCCCAGGUUACGAUGUCACCACGCUGGGCGGAGACAGCACGUCCAAAUCUACUAAAGGGUUAAAGGAGAAAGGGUGACUUGACUUUUCUUGAGAUAUUUUGGGGGACGAAGUGUGGAAAAGUGGCAGAGGACACAGUCAGAGCCUCCCUUAA